UGAGAAGAAUGCUUAUUUGAAGAGCGACUAUUAUCGCUGAAUAAGACGUUCUUGAGUGCCACAAGCUGGCGAUUCGCUGUGUGUGGGUAUAUCGAGUGUGUGGGUCGGUCGAGGCGGCGACGUUUCACGCAUGCUCGGAAGGUUUGUCCGCUAUUGGGCGGGAUACGGAGCGCGGGCAAAACAAAACGACGCUGACCGACUUCGUGUGAGAAAGUCAAUACAACAAAUUCAGAAACAGACUGUUACAACAAGUCUAUUUCAGACGUCAAAAAUGGUUGGAGAUCCAGACAUGGAGUUAUGCAUUGAUGAGUCGUUGCUGCAGGGUUGCAAGUUCAAAAUUACUGUUGAAGGUAACAUUGCAAGUGGCAAGACGACAUUACUGAAUUGUUUCAAGGACAAGUCAUAUGCUGAGGUGCUGUUUGAACCUAUAGACAAGUGGCAGAAAGUUGGAGGAGACAACUUGCUGGGUCGUAUGUAUGAGAACAAAGAGCGAUGGGGAUUGACAUUUCAAUCGUACGUGUUGCUAACAAUGAUGGAGCUGCACCACAAGGAACAGCACCUGCCCAUUUCUGUACUGGAGAGAUCGGCAUUUAGUGGCCGAUAUUGUUUUCUGGAGAAUUUGUACCGAAGUCACGUCCUCGAUGAUCUGGAGCAUUCUUGCUACACUCGGUGGUUUGACUGGCUAAUGACGACCAACCCACCACAAUUGGACUUAAUUGUCUACCUACAAACAUCUCCUGAAGUCUGUCUACAGAGACUGAAAGAAAGGCAGCGAGGAGAAGAAACAGGAAUCACGUUGGACUAUCUACAAUCACUCCAUGAUAGACAUGAAGAGUGGCUGAGUAACCCAGAUAACCACGGUUGGCAUAGCAACAAACCUGUCCUAAUCUUAGAUGGCGACAAGGACUGUCGAAACGAGGCCUGCCUGUUUGAGAAAAUGUGCAAUAAGAUUGUCCACAAGCUGCUUUAUCCUGCCUGCUUCUCUCCACGUAGCUGUCCACAUAACAGCUUAAUGAAUCAGACACCACCGGCCGGGUCAGGAUUUCCAUACAAAGCGAAGCGAAACCUCCGCUUGUAGAGACAUCGUGACACACGUGAAUGCGUUGUACAUGCAAUAUACUGUCUAGCUGGCUAUCAAUUCAUUAACACAUUUUAUCGACUUUUACAUUGAUGUACUCAAUAUGAUUGUAUGUAAUGACGAGUAGAUCUCAGCAUACUUACAUGUAAUGAAUUUUAGUGUCAUUCGUGUGUUUGCAUCAAUCUAUUAAAAUCCGGAAAUAAUAUCAAACACGUUUUCA